AUGACCUUUUUACGGCACGCUCUCGUCUGCGCAGCACUCUCUGCUUCUUUGUCUGCUGCCGUGCCAUCUCAACCAGCGUCCUACGCUUCUGCUACCUGCGAGAAAGCUGGAUCCUCUGAAAACACCUGGUCCGCCCGGAACUUGAAGACCAUCGAAACAAUCUACGACCUUACAGUCUAUCCCAAGAAUGUGCCAGUAAUCACGGGAGGUGAUGCAAGUGUCCCUCCGAACCUUUUCAGCUCGAAUGCUACAGGACGAUUCUCGCCCGUCGGGGAGUUUGUAGGAUUCUCGGAAGCCUGGGAAUCGUUCUUCGCUUUUGCACCUGCGCCUCGGAAUGGCUCUGGACUUGCCAUCUACAAAGCCGACGUCGUCAAUUUCGUCUCUGCUUGCCCGGAAGUGGCAUCCUCGGUGGUUUACCUUCGGACUGGUAUCGUCAGCGAAAGUGGUGAGCUGGACAGGAGUGCACCAACCAGUACUCUCUCGCAGAUCGUGUUUUGGCGAUUUGAUGACCAGGGUGCCGUUGAGAAGUACCAGGCGUGGAGUCCAAACGUCCAGGCGUGGACACAAGCGUCGACUGGGAUUGAUUACUCCAAUAUGACCAUCCAACAAAUGGCUCCGCAAGGACUGUGUCCACAAAUUCAGAGCAUAUGCACAGGGUCAGCACAGCAGUUCAGUAGCGUCGAAGACUGCAGCACACAGCUUUCCAGCAAGCCAUUCGGGAGUUUUGAUGAGGCAUGGGGCGACAACCUCGCGUGCCGCACAGUCUAUUUGACCUUGGCGGCUUCUAGACCAGAGAAGCACUGCCCCAGCGUCGGUUCGACUGGAGGCGGCAAGUGUGUGGCGAUCGACUACUCGAUCGAUUACUACGAUGAUGCACAUCUCUUCAAUGCGCCGGAGGGUUCUGUUUUUACCUGUCCGGAACCAUUUGCAUAA